AUGGGCUCCUCGGAAAUGGAGCCUCGGCACGGGCUUGCCAUGCGCCUGCCCUCCCGGCUGUCCCCCGGGGCCAAGGUGGCGCUCACCGCGCCCUCUGCCGGAACCGCCGCGGUGUUCCCGCACGUGCGCGAUCGCGCGAUCGAGGUUUUGCGCACCAACUUCCAGUUCACGCUGGUGAUCGGAGAGUCCCUGUACCGCGUGGAGACUCCCCCGCGCCGCCGCGCCGAGGAGCUCAACGCCUUCUUCGCAGAUCCCGAGGUGGAAGGCAUCAUCUGCGCCAUCGGCGGCGACGACCUGCUGCGGGUGGAGCCUUUCUUGGACAAAGAGACCAUCCGCCGUAACCCCAAGGUUGUUCUCGGGUACAGCGAUAUCACCAACCUGCAUCUCAUGCUCUUUUCCCUGGGCAUCAUCUCCUACUACGGGGGGAAUCUUCUCUGCCAGUUUGGGCUGCUUGGUGGUAUGCAGUCCAUCACCCAAAGCUCUUUCGUGGCAGCCACACAGGGAAAGGACCCCUUCCUUCUGCUUGAAUCCCCAACCUACGUCAAUGACUACCCCAAUUGGAGCGCAGACAGCGACAAGACCUUGCUUUCGCUGCCCGCGCCCCUCUGGGAUUGGCAGGGCAGACUUGAUCGACCGGUCCGGGGCAUACUUUGGGGCGGGUGUCUGGAGUGCAUGUUAGUGCUCUUCGCAGCCGGAUCAACUUUAGUGGAGCCUGAUGAGUCGCAUGGCAGGCUGGUUGUGUUCUUCGAAACGUCUGAAGUGAUGCCCCCAGAUUUCUUCGUCUACGGUUUCGUGCAGGCCCUGGGCAAGAGAGGCCUGCUUGAUCGGAUAGCUGCUUUGCUUGUGGGAAGGCCAAAGACAGAGUGCCUUGGGCAGCAAGCCGUUGGAGGGAAGGAGGCCUAUGCCCAGAACCAGAAGUCCGCAGUUCUGCGCGGUCUGAAAGAGCACUUCGCGGACAAGGAGUCGGCGGAGACGGAGCUUCCUUUCCCUGUUGUCUUCGAUAUGGACUUCGGGCACACCGACCCCCAGAACUUCUUGCCACUCGGUUCUGUGGCCGAGGUCGAUCCCGUCAGCAAGAGCAUACGUAUCUGCCAGACCUAG